CUUUUUCAUUAUAGGUUAUAGGCCUCAGCUUCUGUACCUGUAUAUGAGGAUAAUGAUACUUUGUUCAAGUUUUUGGGAAGACUGAGUGAUUCCAUGUGUGAUUCCGCAUGUGGGAUUGACUGUGUUGUUGCCUCACUGGCAGGUUACCUCCCAGGCCUCCGUUGCCCUGAGCGGUGAGCUGAUUGGGAUGGUACCCCGGGAAGCUCCUGAGUCUGCCCAGUGCCUGUGUCCUUCCCUGGCCAGCCUGAAUGCCAAGGAUGUGCUUCGGAGGAAGCACAAGAGGAGGAGCCGACAGCACCAGCGGUUCAUGGCCCGGAAGGCUUUGCUUCAGGAGCAGGGGCUGCUGAGCACACCCCCAGAACCGGGAUCCUCCCCACUGCACAUGUGGUGGGGGGCACCGCCUGGCAGGGAAGCCGCCAGCAGGGCGAGGCAGCAUCCAAAGGCUGCAUCUGGAAAUGCCUCUGCCAGCAGAAAGUCCACCCCCAGGGAAUUUGCUGGUCCCAUGCCCACCAGGUGCGUGGCUAUCGACUGUGAGAUGGUGGGCACGGGACCCCGAGGGCGAGUGAGUGAGCUGGCCCGCUGCUCUGUGGUGAGUUACCAUGGCGACGUCCUCUACGACAAGUACAUCCGGCCUGAGAUGCCCAUCGUGGACUACCGUACUCGCUGGAGCGGCAUCACUCGGCAGCACAUGCGCAAGGCCAUCCCCUUCCAGGUGGCCCAGAAGGAGAUCCUGAAGCUCCUGAAGGGCAAGGUGGUGGUGGGCCACGCGCUGCACAACGACUUCCAGGCUCUCAAGUACGUCCACCCUCGGGGCCAGACCCGGGAUACCACUUAUGUCCCGAACCUCCUCAGCCAGCCGGGCCUCCACACCCGGACCCGGGUCUCUCUCAAGGACCUGGCUCUGCAGCUGCUGCACAAGAAAAUCCAGGUGGGCCAGCACGGGCACUCGUCGGUAGAAGACGCCAUGACGGCCAUGGAGCUCUACCGGCUGGUGGAGGUGCGGUGGGAAGAGCAGGAGGCCAGCAGCCUCCAGACGCACGCUGAGGACAGAGACCCCGACAGCAGCACGGACAUGGAGCAGUAUAUGGAGGACCAGUACUGGCCUGAGGACCUGGCCCAGGGCACCAGCAGAGGAACGGGGGAGGUGCAGGGCAGGAGGGAGUGAGGGAGGAGAGGCUCCCGUGGAGAGUGGGGUCAGGAGAGCACUAGGGCGUCAUCCUGGCUGGGGCAGGAUGCUGCCAGCUGCCCCAAGAGUCAGUGGAGUUGGGACCAUCUGUCCUCUGAGCUCCCUUUGCCCCCAGCCCUCCCCUCUCCAGGGCUAUGGUCUGCUUUUUCCCCCUGACUCCUGUGGUUUUGCUAAUGGCUCUUCACAGACACCAGGAAAAUGUCAGGCGGACCAGCUGCUGGAGCCCAGCAGGAGUAGGGAAGGUGCCCACAGACAGCCCCGGGCUGUCAUGCCUUCCCGCCCCCAAGCUGUGCUCUCUCCAGGGGUAAUGUCUCCUCUGGGGCUGGUGGGGGGGAGGGGUCAAUGCCCUGGACCUCCCUUGGCUCAGCUCAGUGGCCUGGGGUAAGGUUUUCUUCUGUUGUUGCCAUCUACCUCUUCCUCCACAGUCAUUUUCAGGUUCGGAAUAAAGAUGCCCUGAAGCUGUAGAGAUAAGGCCAUCUCUCUGUAGACUUCAGGGACGUUUCUUCCCCCUCUCUCAGGACUGGCACUCUGGCUGAGCCAUUGUAGGAACUACUAGGCUACAAUGGAAGAGCAGAGCCCACAGGCCCGUGGGGAGCUGGUCCUCACAGCUGCCAGACAUCACUAUUCUGGGAGGAGGGGAACAGAUAGGCUUUGGGUAGAGACCAGCAUGUUUAUUUUGACCCAAAUCAGGCAUUCCUCCUGCCCACCCAGCACGAGGCUCUCUUAAGCGAAAGCCUGAGAAGCAAGACAGCAGUUUGAAUUCUGGGACCCCGGCGCAGAAUUGCCCACAAGGAACCUUUAUUUAUUGCGGGCAGGGCGGCGGGGCUGUAGAGGAGCAGAGGGCAGGUCCGCUGGGGCCGGGCUGGGCCUUGAUGGCCAUGCAGCUGUGCCUGCACUCGGGUGGGUGCCCCUAGUCACCAUGGUGCUUGAGUUGUCUCCAGUUUUCUAAAAAUGUUCUCUGUCAGGAUUUCAUCCCCCAGCCCUCUUUCCUUCUUUCUUCCUAAGGGGCAAUUUGGGGUACUGGCAUAACCAAGAGCUCAGGUCACACAGGACCGUUGAACGCCAUCUUUGCUUGCCACUUAGUGGCUUGGAGACUUAGGCAAGUGCGUGACCUCUCUUGAGUCUGUUACCUCAUCUGUAAAACAAGGAUAGUGAUACAACCUACCUCACAGGGUUACGAGGAUGAAGCGCUAACUCCUUGGCACGGUGCUCGGCACAUAGUGAGCUGAGGUCAGUGUGAGCAGCUCUUUUUCUUUAAGGAUUGGUGUCAGCCUCUUCUGGAUAACCCUUGAACAUGCCCUCGGGUUGAGUGGCCUUGGCCCAGGCAGAACGGUCCUUGUGGCUGUUGCAGCAGGUGGGGCCCAGGUCGGUGAGGACACAAGGUGGAAGUUCCGGCUCUCACCGUGCCCUGUGCUGCAUGACCUGUCUUCACUCAGCGUCCCUCCACUGCAGGCAGGAAGUGACAAUGGAUUUCAUGUCAGUGUGAGCAAGUUUCCCGGACCAGGAAGGAAGAGACACUACUGAAACCACACUACUGUGAACUCGAGACCACAGGUUGUUCUGGGAGCUGACUGAGUCACUGUCUGCUGCUGGCCUGGCUCCAGGACUUAAAGUGUAGCUGACGCCACACUCACAGCCAAGCUAUAGCUUCAGUUCUUUGGUCUGCUGGUUGAGGGAGGAUGGAGCAGUGGGGAAACAUACUGGGUUUAAAAUUGGCUUUGUAAAACCAUUUGUUCUGGAAUAAAACUCAAUUGGAAAACUGGG